AAAUCUCAAUGUAAUCAUGUUUGCUAUUGAAAAAAAUAAUCAUGCUUGUUUUCUAGGGCAAACAGGAUUUUUUGUUGUGUCCAUGAUACUGCUGGCAGUAAAUAGCUCUGCACUUGCCGGUUACCAACUGUUUUCAGUGGUAUUAGUGGCAAAAUUUCCUAGUAAUUUCAUGAAAUGGUUUCUGUUGGGACAAGGUGGAGGAAUACUUACAGGCCUACUUCAAGUCAUUUCUAUAUCUGUCACCGACUCAGACGAAGAUGGAGCCCUCAUUUAUUUCUUAACAGGAACUGUUUUGAUAGCGGUAAAGUUUAUUAUUUCUCUUGGCAUAAAAUACUCUAAAUUAUAUGCUUAUUACACGGAAGACUGCGCAGGAGACCAUGAAACGAAAGAAGAUACAUUAUCUUGGUCAGAAAUGAAAGAGGUUAUGAAGUUGAUAUGGCCUGCAGUUACUAUCAUCGGCAUCGUGAUGUUUACAAUGAAUUGCGUUCAUCCUUCAGUCACAAGCUUGGUUGUAUCUCAGAAACAUGGAGAUGGGAGUGCUUGGGGAAAUAAAUAUUUCACACCAGUUAUUGCUUUUCUGCUAACCGAUAUUAGUGGCAUGAUGGGAAGAAUAAUUUCUCUGGGAAAAAUUACGGUAAGAUAUUUCACGUGAUGAAGGAUAGGUACU